AAGGAGGCUAGACCAGGCUGGUGGAGAGGGUACUGGGCUGGGGGGUCCUGGAGAGCCUCCCUCCAGGGAACAGAGUAGCCGGGAACAUCUAGCGGGAGGAGAUGGUGGUUCCUCUUCCUCCGGAGGGGGGAGGGACUCAGUUUAAAAGCCGCAGUCAGAGCUUCAACACGGACACCACCACUAGCGGCAUCAGCUCCAUGAGCUCCAGCCUGUCCUGUGAGACCGCUGGAAACCCUGAGCCCGAACCAGACUCCUCGGACUGCGUCAGCCUUAACACAGUGGUCUCGACCAAGACCGUGAAAACGCUGUACUCCCUCAGCCCAACCCAGGCCCAGACCAACCACCUGCCCCUUUCCAAUUCUAAGUCUGUCUCCCUGUUCCCCGCUGGCUACUCACAUACCCUCCCCCGCAGAGCCCAGAGUCUCAAGUCUCCCUCCAUGGCUGCUAUUAAGAGCCUGGCGGACUGCAGUUUCAUGUACACCAGCCCGCGGGAUGCACUUAGCUAUGCUACUCUGAAGAAGCUGCAGCAGCAGAGGAUCCACCCGUCUCUGUCUCAUAGUGAGGCGUUAGCGUCGCCCGCUAAAGACGUACUGUUCACUGAUGCUAUCACUAUGAAGACUGGUAGCCUGGACUCUAGGCUGAUGGCGCGCAGGAUAAAGGAGAAGUUUCCCUAUGCGUUUGAUGAUAUCUGUUUGUACUCUGAGGUGUCUCACUUGCUGGCCCACUGUAUGUUCCGCCUGCCAUCUCGACGCUUCAUACAGGAACUCUUUCAGGACGUACACUUCAUACCGAUGUAUGAGGAAGCAGAAGCGAUCCUGUUGAAGCCACCAAAGCCUGUCGGAGUGGAUAUAGACCGUCCCACGGAAUCCUGAUCAUCGUCCCCAUCCUCUUGCAAUUCCUCUGUCUCUGACCCUGGUCUGGAAACACACUGCUUCUGACAAUGCCAACAGCCGUUUUCUCUCACCUUUCAUUGGUUAUUUUUAUGGAUGUUGUCAAACUGCCAUGAAAUAUGCUGGUACGUAAUGUGUAGUGUAUUAUUGUUUCAUCGAUUGUACAUAUUCAAAGAGAGAGAGACUACCUGGUUGCCCUUCCCAAACCCUACCUCUGUGCUUUGUUUCCACUGCAUGUGCAAACAGCAUAUUGAAAUAUUACAUCAUCAUUGUCACUUUUCUUCUGGAAAUUAUUCAUGUAUUUCUUCCAAAUGCUUCUAAUACUUUAAUUGUCUUAAAUCAUGAUAUGUUGUCAUCAAUUCUUUACAAACUGGGGAAAGUAACGGUCCCUAAGUUAUUUUCACAAUGCAACAUUGCUGUCUAUCAUUGGCUGAGAUGAGAGGGACAGGUAGAUGUGAUAAUUUAUGGAUUGGCAUAAGAUUUUCAUGGGAAAGGUUUCAUUUUCUAUUAGUUCGUUUUGCUAUUAUGCUGCUACACAUGUGGACUCAUAGGGAUGAUUUAUAGAUUGGCUGAGUGAUGUGAGAUCUAUUUAUUAUUUAUCUGUACAGUAGCAGAGAGAUGAGAGAAGAAAAAAUGUAUUUUUUUUCCCUUGAUACUGUAUUAUCAUAAAAAAAAAGAAAAAGGUUUUGUUGCCUGAAUUGUGGUUUCCCUUAUGUAAUGUGGAUAGUGUGUUUUGGGGUAUUUCUGACCUAUAGAAGCAUACACUCUAUCAAAGGGAUGCAUUGUUUAAUAAAAAGUAAAAUCAUGAACAAUCCAAA